CUCGGCGCUCGCUCGCUCGUUCCUCUUCUUCCCUCUGGAUUCGGUCCCGCUCUACCGCUAGCUGCGCCGCGGCCAUUCCCUUUGCUCCGUUUCGGUCCGAUCGCGACAUAGGGACACUCUCCAAGCUCCAAGAGAGGCGGUCCUUAGCUCUAGAUCGAUCAGUCGACGAUGCGGUUCAGAGGAACACUGGCACUUUGUGCUUUGUGUUGCAUUUCGUGUGAUAGCUGGAUUUUUCAUACAAUAGCACCCAUGGUUCCUAGGCUGCGAGACGGGAGAAAGUGUACUCCGUAGUUAAGUUAGCAUUGGACGGUAGUUUCGGUAGACGGUGAAUGUUAUGCGAGAAAGAGACCACGAAACCCGAAAUUGAGAUUCUAAGUUAUUUCUGCUGUCGAGCACAUUACGCUGCUGCUAUUUAUGUAUAUGUAUAUCCCAGGGUCUGGAUGUUGUGUGGCGUUGGCGAUCAAGCGUGGAAGCACAAGGGUGAAUUCUGGCCUGUCAUUGGCUGGCUGGGUCACUUGGCGAUGGCUUGGCAGGAGUCAUCAGCCUCAUCAGAUCAGAUAUCAGAUAUCAAUUUGUAUUAACAAUUCAGAUAUAAACAACAUAAUAACUACUGUUACGCACGCAGGACUUGUGUGUGUGUGUGUGUGUGUGUGUGUUAUGUGUAUGUGAUUGUGGCCUGAUAUGAUAUGAUACUUCCCCUGUUGAUAUCGAUAUGGCUGUGCAGCGUCAGCCCUGUCCGACGCCACAACACACGUCACCAAGCCUUCUGUCAGCGUCCUGAAUUACCAACUCGGAUGCUCCCCUCCUCUCCUCCCCUCUCUCUUCUCUUCUCCCAUCUCUACCAUCUUAUCCCGGUCUGCCCUCCUCGUGUCCCAGCCAUUUGAGCCAUUUGAGCCAUUUGAGCCAUUUGUUGCCUUGACAUAUGAGACGAACCUUUCUUGUUUGGUGGCCGCGUCCAUCCCAUCCAGGGUCCGCGUCAACUUAAGGUUGGAUUAUGGCAUCAUAAGCUCGGGGCUGGUGUCCCGUCACAGAAAAAAAAAAAAACCUGCUAUUCUCCCCCUUUGGUAGCCAUGUCAGCGCCAUUCUCCGCCUCUCCUUUCUUCCUUUGUCUGCUACCGCCUUGAAUUGCUAUUCUCAAACUCCCCACUCCCCUUUUCUUUCUCCUGUUGCAGCUCUUGGGGUCUGUGGUGGCGUCGGAUUUUAUCUAUCUACUGCUAUUUCUGUUUUCUGCCUGUCCUACAUACAUCACUUCUUGUGCUAUCUCUUCCUCUUCCUCUCCUUCUUCCUCUUCUCCUCCUCCUCUUCUCCUCCUCCUCUUCAACUUCAUUGAACCACCGCAAUCCUCAUAUAUCCUUGCAGCCCGCUGCAUGAUGCUUUUUACCUCCCCAGCCUCUCUAGUGAACGCAAAUAUCCUCCGUAACUCCUCCAUCUUCACCCGCCAUGUAGCCCAACAGCCCGUGGCGGCAGCCCUCGAUGGCUGGCCUCCUCACGUCCCAGACGCCUUCAAUCUUCAGCAAGCUGCCCAAGCUGCUCAACCCCCUCUGCCGCGCCUGGUCCUCCUGGUCUUCGCCGCCGUCCUCGAGGUCGUUUGCAUCAGUCUUCCUGGCUAUAUCGUGGCCCGCAUGGGCAUGUUCGACGCCGACGCCCAGAAAUUCGUCGCCAAUCUCAAUGUCGUACUGUUUACCCCAUGUCUCGUGUUCACGAAGCUCGCCUCCCAACUUACCGCGGAUAAGCUAACCGAUCUAGCCAUCAUCCCUUGCAUAUUCGUGAUCCAGACUUUGGUCUCAUACCUAUGCGCCGCCGUGAUCUCCCGUCUGUUUCGCUUCAAGAAGCGCCAGUCGAACUUUGUCAUUGCCAUGGGUGUUUUCGGCAACUCCAAUUCGCUGCCCAUAUCUCUCAUCUUAUCGCUAUCCCACACUCUCGAAGGCCUGCAUUGGGAUCGCGUUCCAAACGACAGUGACGAUGAGGUUGGUGCCAGGGGUAUCCUCUAUCUCCUUAUCUUUCAGCAGCUAGGCCAACUGCUUAGAUGGAGCUGGGGCUAUCGAGUCCUCCUUGCCCCGCCAGAGACAUACUACAGAGACGAAGAAGAGCUCGACGCUAGUCGUAUCGGCGUUUCUGAACGGUACACUGAUGAACCGGACGACACUGUGGGACAUGUCCAAACGCUCAUCGACACCACUGACGAUCAUAAUGCCGGACAUGACACGCCUAGCGCCUCGUCAAGUUCAGGGGAUGUCUCCCACUUUGAAUCCGGAGGGCAAACCCCCAUAAUGGCGCGACAAUACCCCUUCUCAAAACUAGUCGCGAUGGAUGACUCAGGGGAAGUUGAAACUGAACAAGAAGAUCAAAACCAGCAUCCUCCUUCCCCUGUCCUUCAUCUACCACCGCCAAACGGGCAAUUCCUCCCCCGCCAGUCCUCUACAGGCGCAAUUACUUUAUUUCCAGCCGUAGAACUCCAACUGCAACCACAACAACCCUCCACCUGGCGCAAUCCACUCCAAAAACUCUCCAAACAAGCCAAAUCAACCUACCACACCCUCAUAUCAAGCCUUCACAACCGCUCCACAAGCCUUUUCCAUGCCCUCCCUCUCCCACUCCAGAAGUCCAUACGAACUGCGUCUCACCACCUCACCCGCUUCUUCCGCGGCCUAUGGGCCUUCAUGAACCCACCACUCUGGGCCAUGCUAGCCGCCAUAAUCGUCGCCUCCAUCCCCUCCCUCCAGCGCCUCUUCUUCAGCCCCAACACCUUUAUUAAAAACUCUGUCACCCGCGCCGUCGAGCAGAGCGGCAACGUCGCCGUACCACUAAUCCUCGUCGUCCUCGGCGCGAAUCUCGCCCGCAACACUCUUCCCAACAACACCUCCACCUUAACAGGCAAACCCUCUCAAGAUGAUACCCACGACCCUUACCCGCGGGAAGAGCGAAACCUAAUAGUCGCCUCGCUGCUCGCGCGCAUGCUCCUUCCCACGCUAAUAAUGAGCCCCAUCCUCGCGCUGGCGGCUAAGUUCGUACCUGUGAGCAUCCUAGACGACCCAAUCUUUGUCGUCGUGUGUUUCCUGUUGACGGGGGCGCCGUCGGCGCUGCAGCUGGCGCAGAUUUGUCAGCUGAACAAUGUGUACAUGGGCGCGAUGGCGAGGUUGUUGUUCCAGAGUUAUGUUGUUUGGAUCCUCCCCUCCACGCUUAUCCUUGUCGUUCUUGCGCUCCAAGUCGUCCAGUGGGCGACCGCGACGUGAAAUGCAUAAUAAAUUACAUCCGUGGAUACCAUGAAUAGCGGAGUGGAAUCGAAUGAAUCGAAAAUACCCGCACAGCCACCCACUAGCACUAUCAAAUCACAUCUGACAAAACAAACCCUUACUGGAUACCCCUUCUUCCCCUUCUUCCAAAAUCUCCGUUCAAUCAAAAAGAAUUUGGGACGAUACCCCUUCCCCCCCUUUUUUUUUCUCUCUUAGUACAAAAGAAUGAGUCACGGAUUUUAUUUACUACCCAACACCACCACCAACACCAACACCUCAACCUCCUCAUCUACGAUCCGAGCAAACAAAUCGCCCUCUCCAAUCCACCCACGCCCGAGUUGAUUGGAUCCGAUAAAAAAAAAAAAAAAAAAAAAAA